AGUCACUAAUCUAUUAAAUACUGAGUCACUCAGUAUGUUCUCGAAGCGCCAACAGUAUUCUACCAUUCAACCCGGCCAGCGGCUAUUGACUGUACCCAUACGCCGGAACCUGCCGGAACAUUAAUGAAACGCGUCGGCAAAUUGUUUGCACCUCCUACUGCUAAUACGGUGAUCACAUUCAAACAUGCAAGGUAACUUGUGGUUUAAACAGACAUGUUAAUAGGAUGUCUAAGGCACAAUUUUAUUUGUCAUCUCGGGACUGGACGUGCUAGUCUGCUCACACAUCCUUCCGAGUCACUUUCGCGCGGAUACGACAAGCACUGCCCGAGGUGCUUUACAAACGAAGGAGGCUCAGCCACCUCCGUUAUACGGGAUCGGAGACUUUUAUCAUGCGAGGAUGACAUAUAUAACUAUGCAAGAGAAACUUCCGGUACGACCUCGAUUCUACAAAACUUUCUCGCUUGUCUGCAAUGACAACAUCUGGACCUUCCACUCCUAGGAGCACAUCAAGUCAACCAGUCACAGCUCUUCCACGGGGAAAAGCAUGCAUAGCAUGCAGACGUCGCAAAGUGAGGUGCGAUGGCACCCGACCAAUAUGUGGUCAAUGUAUCCGUACUAACAGGCCCGACGACUGUGAAUACACGGAUGGCCAGGGUCGGUCCCGAAUGCACAUGCUAGAAGAAAAUAUCACACGUCUUCAAGCUCGGGUAGAAGAACUGGAGCAUCCGGAGCAGACUACCCCCGCAGUUGCACUGCACCAUCCUUAUUCAUCGCCCGGCGACUCGCAAGGUUCUUCUACCCCAUUUGAUUUCCAGCCUUUCUAUCUCCCUCCGUCGAUAUCAUCUACAUCUAGUCCUGGAUCUUCACUAAUUGGGGUGAAUUUUAACCCAAACAGCUGGUGGACUCGUGACGAACCUCCAAGACACGUUGUACUAGAAUCUUUGAACAAAAUCUUGCCUUACGUGGACGAACUUGGCUUUUUCCUGCAUGCCACCUCCGAGUCUGCCCGUGGUAUCCCUCUUGCAUUGCAAAACGCCAUUAUUCUACUAUGUUUCCACAUCACAGAAACAAAUCAGUCUACCGUCGAACUCGAGCUGCUAUCGACAUCUUUGCGCCAACUGGCUGAUAUCGUCCCUUCCUGCAGCGCAAGCACUCGAAAUUUGCUGCAUGUUUUACAAACAGAGGUCUUACUUACACACUACUUAUUCCGGGUCGGGCGCACAGUCGAGGCGAGGUACCACUUGGGCGCAGCGGUCAGCCUUGUCCUGGCAUUCCGACUUCAUUCUUCUUCUCCAUUAGAAGGAGAAUCGAAUAGACCCGAGGGUAUGCAAUCGAUGUUGUUCGAUGUAUUCAGUACCACCCUUCCAAACCCACUGAACGAUAUUGAGCAGACAGAAACUGUACAUGCAUUUUGGACCGUCUUCGUUCGGGACAAGAGUAUGUCCGCUGUGUUGGGGGUCCCGCCUUGCAUCGGUGGGUCUGUUCGAAUAACUGUCCCUUGGCCUGGACGAAUACCGGCGGUCAACUCGUCCGAUCAAGACAUCCAACGUAUGAACAGCGGGCAGGAAGUCGGAAGUCAGACGGACACCAUAAAAUAUUUCCUUGACGGUGGAUCAAGUGAUGAUAUUAAUGGAGAAUCGCUCUCAACGCUUGCGUUUCACGCAAAAGCAGCUGUACUCCUGGACAAGGCGAACAAUUUGGUUUCGCAAUACACAUUAGAUCCACGAAUCCACGACUCACAGUCAUUCCGAACGCAAUUUAUAGUACUCGACGCACUCAUAGAACAUCUAAAACUAUCUAUCCCAUCUAAUUCCUCCUUGUCAACUGUAUCAUCACCAUCAUUCUCGCAAUCGAGUUCUACAGCUCCGUCAACUCAAUUGGUUUCUCAUCAUUCAGUCUACAUACAAUCUCUUCUCGCCCUCGCUACCAUCCGCUUGAACAGUCCUUUCCGUGAAUCCUAUGCGCUAUCGAAUAUCCAAAGUGUCGAUGCAGCCAUGCUCGUCGCGCGUAACCUGCAGGGCGUGAACCUGAAUAAACCGCAAUUUUUUGACCCUGUCAUCAUAAUAUGGAUUAGCGCUUCCUUCGUGAUUCAUGCGGAGAUUACACGUUUGCGCGCCAGGAACGCUAGCUGGGCGACUCAGUUCCCCGUGCAUGAACUUGUUCAGGCCCUAAGGACCAUUUUAGACGUAUUAAGAGACAUCGCGGAUCGUUGUCCUGUACUUGCACUCCGGAGAAAACUAGAAACUGUAUUACCCCUUCUCGAUUACCUUAGCUCUCAGUGAUUUUUCGAUCAUAUUUCCCACUGUGUAUCGAUUUUUCUUUUGUUCUCGCAUCAUACACAUCAUGGACUCUCAUCUUGCUCUUCAUCUUCAUCGCACGAUCAUGGCUGAUCUGCAAGCCUUUGUAACAUACAUACAGCCUAAUCAUUGAUAGCAUCGUGUAUCGAUCAUU